CUCCCUCCUGCCCGGGUUGCCGUCCUUCGCUCCAUCGCUCCCCGCCGGGGCAGAGACGCUGCCCGGGCAGCGGGAGCGGCUGCCGCUCGCCCGGGCGGGGCCCGCUUCCCGGGGCUCCCUGCAGGCGGCGGCGGGACUGCGAUCCCGCGGGGGUGUGGGUGGGAGCCGCGCUCUGCUCCCAGCGCGGUCCUGCCGAGGGCCAGCGGUGCCUGCAAGGGGACAGCUCGGCGCCGUGGGUGACAGAUACCACAAUGAAUGUGGAACAUGAAAUUAGCCUCCUAGUUGAGGAGAUUCGGCGGCUGGGAACCAAAAAUGCUGAUGGACAAGUGAGUGUGAAAUUUGGUGUGCUGUUUGCUGAUGACAAGUGUGCCAACCUCUUUGAAGCCCUGGUGGGAACGCUUAAGGCGGCAAAACGACGGAAGAUCAUCACUUACCAAGGAGAGCUGCUUUUACAAGGUGUUCAUGACAAUGUGGACAUCCUGCUGCUGCAGAACUGAUGCAGUGUUUCAACUAUGCAUUGGUGGAAUUGUUUGAAACAGUUUGAUCAAUCAGACAAUUGUUUGAUUUGCCACACACUCUUAAUAAGGUUGAUCAUUCCAAGGCGUUUUGAUGUAUUUUGUAUAUCUUUAUAGUCAAAAGAAAACUGUCCUAUUUUGGAAAACAUUCCCUUUUGUAAGUCUUCCUAAAAUGGUACUGUAUGUGAGUAAUGUAAAAGAUGCCAGAUCUUUUUCUCUCUUUUUUUUUUUGUUCUUUUUUUUUUAAUUUUUUUUUUUUUAAAUCUCAGGUAAUUCUCUCAAAUGUCUGGUGGUUAUUUUCAACAUAAAAGAGGACUGGUAAUUUAAUGUUUACAAAUGAAAAUGUGCCAUGAAAGUAUAAAAUAAAAGCACAUACUUAAA